GUCUUUAUCUUCCUGAACAUGUAUUUACGCAUGGUCAACUCUACGUCACAUUCUCAAGAGCACAAUCCCUACAUAAAAUUAAAGUAUUAGUAAAAGAUGGUAACAUUCCCGGCAUACAAGGAGUUUUCACAC